UAAGUUAAUAAAUUUCAUAGCUUUGUAUUCAAACGGACACAGGAUAUUGAAUUGCGCAUGUCCAAAUAGUUUCCAACAAAAACAAACGAAAUCAAGAAUUUCCUGUUUUAUCAAAUUGAACUGCUUUCACAAUGUCUUACAGAGAUUUAAGAAACUUCACUGAGAUGAUGAGAGCUCUGGGAUAUGUUCGCCUUAUUUCCAUGGAAAACUUUAGAAAUCCCAAUUUCCCCUUAGUGGCUGAAGUUCUCAAGUGGUUAGUGAAAAGAUACGAUCCAAGUGCAGAUAUCAAUGGUGACACUGACACUGAACAAGAUAGGAUUAUCUUUAUCAAAUCUGUAGCAGAAUUCAUGGCCACGAAAGCUCAUAUCAAACUUAAUACAAAGAAGUUGUAUCAAGCUGAUGGUUAUGCUGUGAAAGAACUUAUCAAGGUUACGUCAGUCUUGUAUAAUGCCAUGAAAACCAACACAGCCGAUACGGCAGAUAUGGGCGAUGAAGAAGACAGCUCUCCGGUCUCUUUUGAUAUUUCAUCGAGGAUAAGUGAGCUGAAGGAAGCUCGUAGGCUGGCGUCGGAGAUCACAUCUAAAGGUGCUGGUCUGUAUGAUCUUCUAGGCAAGGAAGUAGAUCUAAGGGAACAAAGAACAAUUGUGAUUGCUAAGCAACUUGAGAUCAAUGAGGUGGAACACAGUCUUGCAGCUUCUAUCAAGGCAGUAGAGAAUGAGAUAAGGAAGACAUUAAACAUGUUGGACAAUGUAGCAUCUGAUGAAGCUAAUCUUGAAGCUAAGAUAGAGAAGAAGAGAAAUGAAUUAGAGAGAAACCAGAAAAGAUUACAGACCCUACAGAGUGUCCGACCAGCAUAUAUGGAUGAAUAUGAGAAGUUGGAGGAAGAUUUACAGAAACUUUACGAUGCAUAUCUUAUACGAUUCCGCAAUCUCACGUACCUAGAAUCUCAGUUAGAAGAUUAUAAUAGGUUAGAGCAAGAUAAAUUUGAGGAAACGGAAGAAGCUUUGAAAAAGAUGGCAAACAGAUUAAAGAGUGAUGAUAAAGAAACGUUUUUCCUGGAUCACAAAAGAGCAGGUUCUGAUGAUGAUGAUGAUGAUGAGAGUUCAGGUAGUGAAGAUGACGACGAUGAUGAUGAUCUGGAAGGUGGCGGUCGCCCAAUAGCAAGACGAAACAGGCCCGAUGCUGAUUUACAAAUGCAGACAGCUGCAGGAGCUGGAGGUCGUGUCAAGGGUAACAUGAUGGGUGAUAUAAGCGAGGAAUCGGAUGAUUCUGGAGAUUCGGACAUCGACCUUGACGAAGACGAUCAAGAAGAUGAUGAUGACGAUGAUGAUAGUGAUGAUAUUGAAAUGCCGACCAAAAAUACGAGGAGCAGACAACCAAAACCAACAGAUCUAAAUGAUAGUGAUAAUGACUUUUAAUGAUAUAUUUAUUUAUACAUAGAAACAGUGUCGUUUAAGUUGAAAUCAGUAGGACGUUGUAAUAUAAAAGUUCAAAAUAUGAAGAUGUUAUAGCUGUUCAUAGUUUACGACGAAGGUUCUUGAACACAUUCAUUAAAAUGCUUAAAAUAUUUAAACACUGUAAAAAUAAAUGCAGUACCAAAAAAACACAAAGAAAAUUAAUACACACAAAGAAAAAGUCUGGUUCAUAUGCAAAGUCAUUUAAGAAUGGUUAACACCCUCUUGUAUAAUACAUGUAUAUGUGGUACUUCAAUAAUAUAUCUAUGACAACAUCACAUGUAUAUAUAAAAUGAGUGUGUACCGAUGUUUAGUGUCAUAGUACCUGGUAUGGCAAUUGUGGAAAUUUUUUUUCGUCAAGAAUUAUGAACAAGCUGCUCUAAGAUCAAACACUGUUAAAAAACUUCAUAAUGUGAAUGCUUGUUUCAUUUUAUUGCAAAAAGAAAAUUAAUAAAUGAAAAUUUUUUUUUUAUAAACAAAUAUCAAAUUAUGUAUGUAAAGAUUUUAAUCAAAACUCAAUAUAUUUUGAUGAUGAUACAAAGGGCCUUGAUAAAUGAGCAAUGUUAAAGUAAUUUAGUCUGUUGUGAGGUAACUAUAUAAACAUUCCGUCCAUGAAUUAUUUAUAUUGUAACUUUGUUUUCAUAUUAGUGAAUAAAAUCAGUUCAGCAUGA